AUGCGUCAUACGCGAAUCGUCAUCGCGCGCUCGGAGCAAUCGCUGCUGUUGCUGGUCCUGCUUCAACUGACCCCGUUGUGCGUCCGGCCGGGCAGCGCGGAACGGCGUUACGACCACCACUUGCUGGGCACGAGCCCGGCGUGGAACGGUUCUUACUACCCGCGAGCCGUCAUCCACAGUCGGUUUCAGAUGACUCGAGCCGGGCGCGUGAUAGUCGUGUCCCCGCGCUUCCGGCCCGGCGUCCCGUUUACGUUGGGUUCGUUCCGGACCGCCGGCAUCGACGAUCGGGCCAUCGUCGAACCGGACGUUCUGCCAUUGCCUUCCGCGCCCGACGCACACUCGCCCGAGACGUCGGCCGAAGCAGACUCGGCAUCGGCCCCGCUCAUCAACGUCGUCGACCUCUGCGUGGACGACAUCAAUGACGUGGUGUGGUUGUUGGACGUGGGCGUGGUGGACACGAUGACCGACAGUCCGAGACGCGUCGCCCCGGCAAAGGUCGUCAAAUUGGAGAUAGACGACGAUCAGGACCACCGGAGACCGCCAAAGUCGUCGUACAAGACGUUCGAAAUCAAGACGGUAAUGGCCGGUACCGCGGACGACUGUGCCGAGACUCCGUCUUGCCUGCAAUACAUUACGACGUACCGCUCGCGAACCGGAGAUUGCAACCAUUACGCUUUCGUGUCGGACGCGGCUCGGAGCACUGUGCUGGUGAUGAACACGGACACGGGCGCACAGUGGGCCAUGGACUUCCCGCAAAAGUCGACGGGACUCGAAGCGUCGCCGCGGGACAUACUGUUCAUGGUGCAGCUGCAAUUGGCGAACGGCCAGACGUGGAUGUACACCACGUUCAUGUCCGGUUGCAAGGUGUUCGCCGUCGACCUCGAGUACAUCGACCGAUGUACGUUGGACGCGGCCCAGCCGGCCAUAGUCGAGGUGGGACAUAAACCUUACCAGAUCACCGUGCUCGGCACCGACACCGGUAGCCGGAUGUACUUCCGACGGCCCACCGAGAACGAGAUAUGGUCGUGGGACGCCAACUACGGCCCGUUUCACCAGAUUGGCUUUCAGCUGGUGUCCAAAGGCCGGGACUGCCGGGCCCCGGUGCACGUGGCCCCCGGCUACGGCGGAUUCAUUUACGUGCUCAGAAACAACUUUGCCGACUACGUGCGCAAUACCACCGGUUCGAUGGGCGCUUACAGCCUCAUACAGCCCGUGAUCACACUAUCUUCUCCCUGUUCUUCGAUCUCCACCACUACUUCCGAAGCCAACCAGUGCGCGUAUCUGAACUGA